AUGAUGAUGGAUAGAGCUGCACUGCUGGUGUUCUGCUGUCUGGUGAUGUCUGUAUCAGGCGCCCCACUCUACCCAUCUAUUAGGUAAGAAUCCAAUCAAUCUGCAUGAGAACAAUUUUGUUUAAACAUUUAAUGUCAUUUUAAUAGCAUUAAAAUGUUUGGCAAAAAUAUAAACAUGUUAAUUUGACAAAUACUGUAUCUAACAGGCAUUAUAUGACAUAUGACAAAAUAUUGCUUAUUUUACUUUCCCAAUGUGACUUUAAAAAACUAAAAUCUUAGAAAUGGUCUUAUUGAAUUAUUAUUUAGAAAAUGUUUCUGAUAAUACAUUUUUUAAGUUUGCUAUCUAAAAAAGCAUUCUGAUACUAUUUAUGUUAAACAAUUAAAUAUGAAUAUGAGUGCAACUGUUAAAGCUCCCUAACCAUAAUGAAAUUGAAUACGAAAGAGUGAUUUAUGAUUCUAAUUGAUUACUGCUAGAGCAUCAAAAACAAUGCUGUCAUCUGUCAUCUGAUGAUGUCAUCUAAUUAAAUUACAUUUUGAAUCAAUUAGCUUUUCAUGAACCCCUAGUAGCUAUGUCAGUAGUGGUGUGCAUUGCCUUUUGAGUGACAUUUACAACACUCAAAUGUGUAAGUGUUCUAAUACCAAUCUCUGGGGAACAGCAACUAAACCUCCCCAGUAAAAUAUGUUACUAACCCUCUUGUUAAACAGGCUAAUGACACAGAGCUUGUUGAGUGGAAUGAUCCACACCUGAACUGCAGUUAUCCCCCCUACUCUGCCCCCAGUCUCCUUGACCAGGGCCAGUUAUACACAAUACUCUCCGCUAGCUCCCUUUUCAAGAAUUCAAUUUUCACACUGUGCUGCUGCUGAAAAAAAUUUAUGCUUCAUCCCAGUGAUGGGCGGUGUAACAAUGGGAUGAACACGAGGUGUGGUUAGUAACAGACAAAGACUGGACUGCCAAGAGAGGGCAGAAAGAAACAGAGAAUAACUGCAGCCAGCAGUCUGUCUGAACAUGAUGCACUAAAUCUAUCAGGGGUCAGUCUACCUGUCAAAGUGUGCCCUGUCUUCUUGUUAUGCUAACAAGGGUCAAGAUGUCUGGAUUAGUCACUAAAAUGUGUAACGUUUGCACAGCACAUUAAUCACAGCAUUCGGGGGCAAAGUAUGAGACCAUUGUUAUGCAUAUGCAGAAAAACACAUCUACUGAUAAUGGUCACUUGACCUAACUACAAUUGAGAUAAUGGCAUUUGAAAUAUAGUUGUUUUAGAUAGCAUGCAAAACAAACUGUCAAUUUUUUAAAAAUCUUUAUAAUUUACUUUAUCAUUGUUAUAGAACUGACUAUCCUACCGAUCCUUGACUUCGGCGAUGUCAUUUACAAAAUAGCCUCCAACACUCUACUCAGCAAAUUGGAUGUAGUCUAUCACAGUGCCAUCCAUUUUGUCACCAAAGCCCCAUAUACUACCCACCACUGUGACCUGUACGCUCUUGUUGGCUGGUCCUCACUACAUAUUCGUCGCCAAACCCACUGGCUCCAGGCCAUCUAUACAUCACUGCUAGGCAAAUCCCCGCCUUAUCUUAGCUCAUUGGUCACCAUAGCAACACCCACCCGUAGUAUGCGCUCCAGCAGGUAUAUCUCACUGGUCAUCCCCAAAGCCAACACCUCCUUUGGCCGCCAUUCCUUCCAGUUCUCUGCUGCCAAUGACUGGAACGAACUGCAAAAAUCUCUGAAACUGGAGACUCUUAUCUCCCUCACUAACUUUAAGCAUCAGUUGUCAGAGCACCUUACCGAUCACUGCACCUGUACACAGCCCAUCUGCAAUUAGCCCACCCAACUACCUCAUCCCCAUAUUGUUAUUUAUUUUGCUCAUUUGCACCCCAGUAUCUCUAUUUGCACAUCAUAUCUUGCACAUCUACCAUUCCAGUGUUAAUACUAAUUGUAAUUAUUUUGCACUAUGGCCUAUUUAUUGCCACACUGUAUAUAUAUUUUCUGUUGUAUUUUUUUGACUUUAUGUUUUGUUUUACCCCAUAUGUAACUCUGUGUUGUUGUUUUUAUCGCACUGCUUUGCUUUAUCUUGACCAGGUCGCAGUUGUAAAUGAGAACUUGUUCUCAACUGGUUUACCGGGAUAAAUACAAAUAAAAUAGAGGUGUCAAAACACUUUUUUUUUUGCGAUUUGACUUCGUUUUGAGAAAACCCAAAUAUGUCCUUUUAGAAACGGAAACGCUCUCGGUAUAGUGAUGCAGGUCUUUAGAUGUUAUACUCAUGAAAUUGUCAUGCUGAACUUUAUCCAAGUGAAGUCGCACAAAAAGUGUCUGACUCUGCACACUGGGCACAGACGUCAGUUCAACGUCUAGUUUUGAUUUACAUUUGGUUGAGUUGUCAACUAACGUGAAUUCAACAUUAAAUCACCAAAAAUGUCACCAUUUAAUUGGAUGUAGGUUAAAAGUUUGGAAAAUUUCCUUUUGACGAAAUGACUUCCAAUAAGUUCAUUCAACGUCAUCACAUAGGUUUUUGGGGGGUUGAAAUGUGGAAACAACUUUGAUUCAGUUUUUGCCCAGUGGGUGGACAUCAUAAUAAACAUCAUACCAUGUUUCUGUGAUGUUUUUCUUCUAGGUUUGGUCAGAGGGACACGUCCAUCCUGAUGACCUCCUCUAUAGAGGAAGAGAACAGCACUCCCCUGAGACAAAAACCCGAACUACGGUCAGUGCCACCACAAAAGCUUCAGUACUAAAUAAUUGUAUCAAGGCAAUAAGGUUAACUGAACUUUCAAAUUCUAUACAUCUCAGAUCAGGAAGACAUGCUGAUGCUAUCUUCACCAACAGCUACAGGAAAGUUCUAGGUCAAAUCUCAGCCAGGAAGUUCCUACAGAGCAUCAUGGGAAAAAGGCUACAGUGAGUAUUGGAUGUUUAGGCACUCUGUCAGUUAAUGAUAUACUAUAUUUAAGUAUAUAUUAAGUGAUAAUUAAGUAUAGAAGCACUGCAAAUGUGUAUACUGUACUUAUUAUAUUCUUUCUGUUUUCAAUCUUUUCAAACCCAGAGUAGAAGGCCGGAGCUAUAAUGUGAAAUGCCAGUCAGACAUUUACGAGGGCACCUACAAACAGGAUCUGACAUCUGUUCAGAGAAAACAGAGUUACAGGGGACAGCAAAACAAUGUCAAGAAGCCAAGGUACAGUACCCCACCCAGUGCACGGUUUGGAAAUCUCAUGAUCUUACUGCAGACAAAUUAAAACAAGUUAUUUGUAAGCAUUCAGGGCAUACACGUACAUUGCCAAAUUGUAAUUUGUGAAGUGUGUCAUGUGGAAAUGCUUAGUUGUGAUUUAACUGACAUUCCUACUUAAUGUUCUCUUCCAGACUUCUAUGUAGUGAAUGUAAGCGAGGACAAAGUGAAGACAAGAAGUGUCUCCGACUCUAA